AUUCGUUAUUAUUUAUACAAUACUUUAUUGGUUUUUGUGUAAGAGCCUUUAAAAUCAUAUGAUCAAUUCGUGAUUUACGCAUUUAAUAAGAUAUUUGUUCUAUUCUUCAUUCGUAAAAAAUAUGGCUAGUCAAACACAAGGAAUUCAACAGUUACUGGCUGCAGAAAAACGAGCUGCUGAAAAAGUCUCCGAUGCUCGUAAACGCAAAGCUCGUAGAUUGAAGCAAGCGAAAGAAGAAGCUCAAGAUGAAAUUGAAAAGUAUAGGCAAGAACGUGAAAAGCAGUUUCGUGAGUUUGAAACAAAGCAUAUGGGGUCAAAAGAGGAUGUAGCUGCUAGGAUUGAUGCUGACACUCGAAUAAAAAUUGAAGAAAUGAAUAAUCAAGUAGCAGUACAUAAAAAUACUGUAAUGCUUAAAAUUCUGGAUUUAGUUUAUAACAUAAAACCUGAAUUACACAAGAAUUAUCAAGUUGAUGUCUAAAUAAGUAUAGGCUAGCUGAUGCUUAUCAACAUUAAAAUAUUCAAUAGUAGAUAUAAAUAUACCUUUAAAUCAGUUAAUAAAUAAAAUAAUCUGUUAUGUAUAUUCCUAGUAGUUAAAAUUAUAAUGAAGCUAAAAUAUGAAUAGGUAUUACAUAAUAGCAGAAUAUAACAAUAAUUUACAAGUCAGAAUAAUAAAUAGAUGAAAAUC